AUGGCUAUGGCAGAAAAGUUUCCCAAAGAAUAGGAAUUAUAUAGAGUAAUCUCAUAAUGCGCGUACAGAAAUCAUUCUUAGGUUGCUACUGAUGCUGCUAAUAUUUUAUACAAUUACCCAAAAUUAUUCAAUCCCCUAAUCACAUAGACAAGUGAAAACGGCGUAAUCAAACAAUUAUUGGAACUUAAAGGAGAGUUGCCCAUUAAAUAUAAAGGAUCAACUUACUCUAUUAUUACAUCCAUCUAAUUUCCUUUUAUCUAUUCAGAUGCUCCAGCUGUAAUCAGAAUUUAUAAUCCUGACAUAUCCAAAUUUUCUGUCAAUCAAUAUUUCAUCUAAGGUGCUUCCUAAGAUCAAUCUGUUGUAAAUAUCCACAACACCGAAUUACAAAGUUGGUAUCAACAUAGGUCAAUUGCAAGAGUGAUGGUCGCUUUAGUUAGAGAAUUAGAAGGCCAUUUCCCUUUCUUCAACCGAGCAUAAUAAAAUUCAAUGUAAUUAUACAUGCAAUCUAUUAGGGCUGUUCAAUAACCGCCAAAUGCUUAAGCCCCAUAUUAAUACUAAAAUCAGCCGCAAUAAUACUACUAAAAUUAAACCCAAGGCUACAAUUAUUAAUAUUAAAACAACCCUCCUAAUUAUUAUAAUAAUCAAACACAACCUUAUAACCCAUAUGCUACUCAAUAACAAUAACCGUAUGCUCCUCAAUAAUAAUAGCCGUAGGCUCCAGGAUAUUAUUAAUAGAGUAACAUAUAAACUCAAGUUGAAUACAAACUAAAGGAGAAAUGUAAUUAAAUAUUAAGCGAUGAUUUAAAUUAAAUUUAAAAUGAUUUCAAAAUUUUGCAUUAACAUCAUGAUAGAUUAAUCGAUGAAGUCACAAAAUAGGAAACCAAAAAAAUGUACUUAUAAAAUCUAGAAAAUUAAAUCGAAUAAUCUAUAUAGUAAUUAGAAAACGAAAAUAAAAAAUUGAGUGAGUUUGUUGAUAAAAAUGACGUAUUAGAGUUAAACGAAGAAACUCUCUUUUAGAAUAUUAGAGAAAAUGAUCAAUUCUCAACCUCAAUCUUAGAAUUGUAUUCAGAUAUUCAAGCAUGCAGAGAAACAUUGCAUUUCAUAGUAACCAAAUUUAAGAAUUUCAAUCUACCAUUUGAAACAGUUAUUAAAAUGACUCGUAAAUAUUCAGAAGAGUAAUUCAAUAAUAUUUUAUUAUUAAAGAAGUAUACAUCACCAACAAAAAAAUUAUGA